CUUUCCGCCCCUUAUAGCCCAAAGUCAGCGAGGACUGAUCCGGCGUGCAGGUAACGACAAGAGUGCCGAACAAGUCCCGGAAGCAAGCACGCAGGCAGGUUGGCCUGAGGACAUUUGGGGCUUUCUGCCAACAAAUUAAGAACGAGCCUCGCUGGCAUUGGAACAUUUUAUUUACUUUGUUUUAUUUAUUUAUUUUUUUGGUCGUGUUUGUGUUCACCUUUUGUGGGGCGUCGCAGUUUGUGCUCUGCGGUAGGUGACCCUCAGGUACUUUCAGGUAUCUUUUUUGCUAGCUCGACGACUCCUGUGGAUUUACUCGAAGAACAAACUCAAAGUAAUCAACGAAAACGAGCAUCGUCACCCGUGCAGCCGACGGCAUGCUGCUCUCCAGGCCGUCAGGGAGAGGGCCGGUCUGAAUGGCGACCUAGCACCGCCCGUCUUCCCCGCCGUUUGAAAGGCACUCCUACCCCGCCAUCUCUCCUCCGUCCUCCGAGCCCAGCCUCCGCCCAACCCCCCCACCCCGUACCACUGACCCCCUCCGGCGCCGCCAUGGAUAUUCAGACAGACGACACCGAGGGAUGCUACCUGAACCGCAGCGUCAAAUUUUUCUACGAGAAAAGCGGCAAGAACAUCAGCGACCACUGGAGCAGCCGUGACUACGUCAUCGUCUCGCUGGGGAUGACCGUCUGCUUCAUUGUCAUUUUCUCCAACCUGCUGGUCAUAGGGGCCAUUUUAAAAAACAGACGCUUCCAUUUCCCCAUCUAUUACUUAUUGGGGAACUUGGCUCUGGCAGACCUCUUCUCAGGUGUCUCCUACCUCCACUUGAUGUUCCACACGGGCCCGUGGACGAUCAAGCUGUCCAAGUACCGGUGGUUCGUGCGCCAGGGGCUGAUCGACACCAGCCUGACCGCAUCCGUCCUCAACCUGUUAGCCGUGGCCGUGGAGCGCCACCAGACCAUCUUCAACAUGCAGCUCCACAGCAAGAUGAGCACCCGGCGCGUCUUUGUCAUCAUGAUCUUCAUCUGGCUGGUGGCCAUCGUCAUGGGCCUGGUGCCCACCAUGGGAUGGCAUUGCCUGUGCGACCUGGACAAGUGCUCCACCAUGGCACCGCUCUACAGCCGCAGCUACCUGGUGUUCUGGGCGCUCCUCAACCUGCUGACUUUCUCCAUCAUGGUGGCCGUCUACACUCGCAUCUUCUUGUACGUGAGGCACAAGAGCAAGCAGAUGUCGCAGCACACCACGCAGAUGAGACAUCGGGAGACGGUCCUCAACCUGAUGAAAACCGUCUCCAUGAUCUUAGGCUGGUUUGUGAUCUGCUGGACUCCUGGCCUGGUGGUGCUGCUGCUGGACGGCCUGGGCUGCGAAAAGUGCAAAGUGCUGCGCUACGAGAAGUACUGCCUGGUACUGGCCGAGUGUAACUCCCUGGUCAACCCCAUCAUCUACUCCUUCCGGGACAAGGACAUGCGGAGGACCUUCAGGGAGAUCCUGUGCUGCCUGUGGCAGCGCGGCGGCGACAAGUCGGGCGUGUCCGGCGUGAACUUCAACACCCUGGACCACGAGAACUCCAAGUAUCGCGACGUGGAGCUGAUGGAGAAGAGCAACGGGGCGCCGCUCAUCAGAAAACACUCGGAUGAGGCGCCAUCGCCGGACAGUUGGAAUUAAAACCCAAACAUGCACGCCUGUCCGGAUGGCAUAACUUAUUCAUUUGUGCGUGUGACACUUGAGGUGGAUCGGACCUCGCUUCCUGUUUUACCGACCCGCCCAGCACCACUCAAAACAUUUGGAAACACUGCAGCGCUGCCUGCAUGAUGGAUGUUGCCGCAACAGAGUGCCUGCAAGUGUUUUUAUUUUAUUUAAAACAUUUUUUUUAGCCUUUUUUUUUUCUUGGAGCUUUUUUUUUUCCCACCACAUUUUGUGAGCUCCUGAGCAGGCUUUUGUCAGCUUUCUGAGAGGAAGACACAAAAGUAAUAAACCAACAAAAGCAAAGAACUAA